GAAACUGUGGAGUAACGAUCAUAUGACCUGUUUUUGUCUCCCCACUUUUCUUUAUUGCGUUGGGUAUCUCUUCUAAUUUUCAGAUUCAAUCACUUUCCCUAAAUCCGUUCUUCUUAGAUAAUUCCCUUCUUCUCCCCAAUCCCCAACAGACACCCAAAUCGAUGGCUGGCAUGCUUCCUGGCGUUGAAUGCGCUAGAAGGAGACGCUUCCAUCAAAGCUGCGGAGGUUCUGAUUCUCCUAGUCUCGUACUCCAUGGCCGGACACGGAGAUCAUCUUUCUGCUUGUAUACAAGCAAAUCUGAAAUCCACCAUACUACUAUAUCUACACAGCAUCGAAACAUAUUGAAUCAGGGCUAUCAAGAUGAGAAACUUGGAGGUGCAGCAAGAGAGGCUAAAGAGAGACUGGAUGAGAGAUUAGGAACAAGAAAGUCAGAAUCCAAAAGGCAUGAAAGCAGAGAAAUCUUUCAGUAUUCGGAUGGGAGAUCCAUGGCUCUAUCAGAGCUACAAACGGAGGUGUUUGGAUCUAGGAAGAAGAACGGUUCAAAGAUGUUUAGUUGGGCCAAGUUGGGCUGGAAGGCCUCGGAUCAAGACGAGUGUGUCGUUUGCUUGGACCGGUUCAAGGUCGGCGAGACCCUAGUUCACCUACCAUGCGCACACAGGUUCCAUUCCAGGUGCUUGGUCCCAUGGUUAGAGACCAAUGCUCAUUGCCCUUACUGCAGGAUGGAAAUCUUUUCUGAGUAAAAGGAUUUCUUGUCGUAGAAGAAACCAAAAACUUUAUUGCCUGCAUAUUCAAUGGUAUUCAAUAUGGCAUUAUUGAAACUUGCACUCUUUUAAAAAAAAAAAAAAAAUCCCUCAACCACACGAUGUACGGACCAAAUUUCCCGAAAAAUUUUGAAGGUUACAACUACAAAUUCUUAAUUUUGCUGUAGUUCUUUUUCCUUCACAAAUUUUCUAGAAUAUUAAGAUCAUCUUGUUUUUCUUCAAAAUAUUUCUUCAGUCAAACAUCAAUCUCCAUCACUGAUUAGAUACCUGAUUUUAUUGCUAUUUGGACGGGUGGAAUGUGAAUUUUAUGUAGAUUUUACAUGGUAGUUUUUAUUUGUGCAGGAAAAGACUUGAAUCUAUAAUACUAUGAGUUUUGGAAUUAAAGUUAAAAUCUUUUGAAAGUUCAGGGAUUAUAUUGCAAGAAGAAAAGUUGCAAUCGAAGAUUUAAAUUAGAAAAAUUAUUAGAAAAGAGAUGCAAAGAAAGUCGAUAAGUUUUUUUUAUUUUUUUGGGUUUUUGGUUUCUCGGCCGGUAUCCGAGGCUUC